UGUCAUUCCAUUCCAUCUCUUGUCCGUUCCAUCACGUCGUAUGGAUUUCUCGUCGUGUGUCUCGUCUCGAGCAGCCAGUCUGACUUGGCUGGCUCUAAUCUACAAGCAGCCAGGCCGGCAGGGCUCUCUCUCUCUCUCUCUCAUAUAUAUAUUGCUCCUUCUCUCGAGCGUCGUGCGCACAACCAUCACUCACACAGACCGUCCAUGUCAGAACUGUCUGUGCAAAUUUCAGAGUACACGGAGAGAGCCACUGCUUCUGCCAUUCCAUCGACUUCCCUCCCCUCCCCUCAUCCAUGCAUUACCCAUCGACAAAUCGCCCACACGUGAAUGCAUCUGUGCAUCUUCGUUGGGCACUGGACCCUUCUUGUUCUCUUCGUCCAUCGCGGUCUCUUGACGUGACACACCCACACCCACACAGAGAAAGAGGGGCACGUCAAUCAAAAGGGGUCAUCGUGAGAGACGUCAAGUAAACAAAUCGUCGUCAGUCACAUCCACCCACUCAGCAAAACAUGCACAGACACGUAAGUCAGACUGGACGGCCCUUCAAGGACACAAACAGCUUGCUCAUCACGGUUGGCCAUCAAUAAGGUGCUGCAGCCCGAAUCGCCUCACGGCAGCCAUGGUGAGAGGGAGCCGCUCAUCGACAGCCUCUCCGCCCGCCGCCUCCACCUCGGUGGUCCUGACGAUUAUGUGCCUGCCACCAAGGGAUACGGAAGCCACCACAGACCCACCACCGAGCAAUAGGACCACCAUGCGGUGGCGACUUAGAAAAAUUUCAUCCACGAUCUCAAAGAGGCUUUCCUUGUUAUCGACAGGCGUCCAUCGCCUGUCGAUGACCAGGACGUCGCUGUGGCCGCUCAAGGAACCGUCAGUAUAGAGUGAGCGAUAGCCUCUGGCCUUCCACGGGUUCACCUGGCCCUCGAGAACCACCCUCAGGGUGGUAGGGAAUGCGCCUUCCAAUAGCACGUGGAGUGCAAAUGAGCUGAAGGAGGGGUAUAUAAUACCCAAGCUGACCAGCGUGACGGGCGGGUCAUCGCGGCGAUAGGCCCGCCAGAGAAAGGGGCGAAGGCACACCAGCUCAUCCCCGCCGAUGAUGCGAAAGGUUGUCGAACCGAUGCCAUAGUGCUGGACGAGCCUCAGAUGCUUGUGGGCGCGCCGGACGAUUCCUCUGGUCCCCACGGAUGCCACGAAGGAGUCGCAGAGUAGAAAGGUGAGUGCUAGCACGGGCACGAAGAUAGAGAUGGCCCAGUAUAGGAUGCUGCCCCUGGUCACGUCACGAAGAAGCCACUCAGAUAUGAGCGAACAGUUGAAGAGCGUCGUCCCGGCAGUGACACACGCGAAGGCCGCCAAGCAGAUGACGUAGAAUGCUGCGAGCAGGACCCGAGACAGUAUAGUGGCCGGCACGAUCAACAAGGAGGCCUUCACUCUGUUGUCGACCUCCCUCAGCUGCAACUCUCCUGCUGCUCCGUCGUUGGCGUCGGGCGGCGUGUGGCUCAGUGCGUUGUAGAUGGCCAUUGCAGUCGGAAGCCGGUGGAAGCUGGCCUUGUUCGGCAGAUGGGCCGCCACACUCUCAGCCGACAGCACCAGCGGCAGCUGGCCAGCCACACCGCAGACACCUGCGACCUUGAUGAGUGUGGCCAUCGUGGGCCACUCAGCCGCCUGCUCGAUGACGUAGGCGCAGCGAGCGAGAUACCCAAGCCGCGAGAGGGAUGGCGGCAGCGGAGGGGCCGAGGGGUCGACGCCGCGGUCCCUCUCCACGUCAAUGAGGCCGGUGAGCUGCUGCUGGGCGAGGGAGCUGUCGAUGCGCCAUAGGAAGGCCUCGUCAAUCAGCUGAGAGCUGUAUGGCUGGCCGACCGCCCGAGUCAUCACAGCGACGUCGACAGGGAGGAAGGACACCACCAGGCCCAGGACGUCUGCAGGCAGCGUUUGAUCUUCGCCAGCGAUGGCCACCGACAGGGAAACCAUCUCACAUUCAUCAGCAGCAUCGGGCGGCACUCGCUCAUAAUCGUGACGGCGAUUCCAGGGCAACAGACGACAAUUUAUGAGUCUCAUCCUGCAAACAAAAGAGUACAGGUGCAUAUGGACACGGGUGCGUCCUUGUGUUUCGUCCAAUGGCAUCCUCUCCCACCUACAGUACGAGGCGCCGGGAUGAGUUGAAGCUCUAAAAUCCACCGAGCAAGGCUCUACAGUACGAGAG